GAUCGCCCCACAUAAAAGCCUCUGCUUUCCCAAGCAGAAGCUGACGAGGAAUGAAGGAAUGCAGUUUCAUCACUCAGAGACAUCCGGACACUGUCGGAUUACGCGGCAAAGCAGAGGAAUAAAGAGAAGUGGGGACAGUCAGCCUGAAGGCGCGCUGCCUCAUGUUUCCCCAUCCGCUUUGUCCAUCAUCCAAAAAGUGCAGCGCGGUUUCAGCUGCUGGAGGACGCGUGGAUUUGUCAGUGUCAGCUGCGCAGAAUGCAUCUUCACCUGAGACCUCAAAUAUGCAGCGCGAGGAAGAGUGGACCAGUCUGACAAGUUUGCUUUAACUGGGAAAACACCUGUUCAUUUGGGGGCGCAAUGAUUUUAACUUUUGUCAUCAUUUUGUCCUUCACGGAUUCGGUGUUCACCUUGAAGGAUGACCACGGCUCCCCUCGGCUGGACUGCGUAAAGGCCAGCAAACAAUGCCUGAAGGAGAACGCGUGCAGCACCAAGUACCGGACGAUGAGGCAGUGCGUAAAGGGGAGGGAGAGCAACUUCAGCGCGGUCACCGGUCCCGAGGCGCAGGGUGAAUGCCUGAGCGCCAUAGAUGCCAUGAAGCAGAGCCCCCUGUACAACUGCAGGUGCAGGAGAGGCAUGAAGAAGGAGAAGAACUGCCUAAGGAUCUUUUGGAGCUUGUUUCAGAGCUUGCAUGGUAAUGAUUUACUGGAAUACUCCCCGUACGAGCCAGUCAAUAGCCGGCUCUCAGACAUCUUCCGCUUGGCUCCCAUCAUAGCUGUCGAACCUGCAUCUGCGAAGGAAAACAACUGUCUGAAUGCCGCCAAAGCCUGUAACCUGAAUGACACUUGUAAGAAGUACCGCUCGACUUACAUCAACUCCUGCACCAGCAGGGUGUCUGCCUCUGAGGUCUGCAACAAGCGCAAAUGUCACAAGGCCCUGCGAGAGUUCUUUGACAAGGUUCCAAGUAAAUACAGCUAUGGGAUGCUGUUUUGCUCCUGCCCGGCAGAGGAUCAGAAGGCCUGUGCAGAACGCAGGCGACAGACCAUCGUUCCCGUCUGCUCCUAUGAAGAUAAAGACAAGCCCAACUGUCUGUCCCUGCAGAACACCUGCAAAACCAACUACAUAUGCAGGUCACGACUGUUGGACUUUACCAGCAACUGUCAGCCCGAGGUUCAUUCCAUAUCCGGCUGCUUCACAGAGAACUAUGCGGACUGCCUGCUAGCGUACUCCCGUCUUAUUGGGACGGUGAUGACGCCCAAUUACGUGCAGUCGGCUGGCAUCAGCCUGUCGCCGUGGUGUGACUGCAGCAGCAGUGGAAACAGCAAGCAAGACUGUGAGAAAUUUGCUCAGUUUUUCACCGACAAUCGCUGCCUGCGUAACGCCAUCCAGGCAUUUGGCAACGGUACUGACGUCAGCAUGUGGCAUCCCCGACCCUCAAUGAAGCCUACAGUGGAGUCGGGCAUAAGUCGAAGGACUAAAGCCCGAUUGAAGAACGUCCUGGACACGCUGACAAAUGUGGCCAAGCUGGAAGACUCAUACGGCAUCUGCGAAACCUUACAGGCCCAAAAGCUGGUGUCAAAUCAAACAGUGGACAUGGCUCCUUGUCUGAACCAUCACCUGGAGGAGUCCGGGACUUUAAAUGCCAUUUCCAAAAGCUCCCCAGCAGGGCUCCUCUGCUCACAGUCGCCAGUCCUGCUCCUCACUCUGGCCUUCACCUUCACUCUAACAGAAUCACAAAUCAAAGUUUUCCAGCUCUUGUAGGGAAAGGACUGACGAUGGACCCUCCUUAUCUCCGGAAGUAAUCAAACCGCAUUCCAUGUAAAGAAUUUCUCAAAGUGCAGCAACACUUUUUUUGUGGUCAUAGCAGUGAAAUCAGAUGCUGUUGUGGAUUGACAUUUUUUUGGAUGUCUUGUUGCAGAAAAACAGACUUGAUGAAUCUGUUGCUCAGACGUCAGCUCAUUUACUUUCUGUGCCCCGUGGGAGCAGUUUGACUCCCAAAACUGUUUGGGAGCACUCGUGUCCCGGAGAUAAAACUUCCCUCUGAUGUGAAACAUGUCAUUUCUUUUGCGGCGCGUGUCACGCCAACGUUCUGAAUAGUGUUUUGAGUGUCGAGUUAAUUGCUUGUUUGGAUCUGUUGUGGUACCAUGCCUGCUUAAGUGAGGGCUUGUAGAAGGAGUUAAGAAUAAUUUGACACAAACUGAGCUCACCUUGGAGUCCAAUUUAUGUCUACAAAGGACGAGGGAAAACAACCGUCUUCUACAUGUUUGGUCUUAGCAAUAGAUCAGGUUUGUAGGUUUUGUUGUCAUGGUGAUAUGUGGCUUUAUCACCUCUUAAAGGACAUUUUGUACAUUUCUAACAUGAGUGCUCUCUGUCUCUGUAAGGCUGCUGUUAGAUUGUGAUCAUUUGUCUGUAAUAUUCUGAAGUUUGUGCAGGUGGGAGCCUCAGCUUUACCCAAACGUUACACAGGAUGUGACUGUUCUCUUUCAAUGUGGUCACAAAUAUCACUUUGUUGUGCGAUUAUGUCAAGUUUGAUAGUUGCACAACGAUAUCCUGAACAAAAUUUCCUGUUAAAUAUCUGAAACAUAAAGUCUCUUUUAUUGCUAAAAAAGUC